GGCAGACCUAGAGUCAGAGUCGUAGCUAGGGUUUUCAGCGCCCAGGGACAACUGAAGAUUUCGCGCCCCUAUUGCUUGCCAAGGAUGGAAAACAUUUAAUUCUAAAAUGUGUAACAUCAGUUUGGCGCCCCUUGGAUUCUUCGCCCGGGAAGAGAUGCCCCCCUUGCCUCCCUCUAGCUACGCCCCUGCCUAGAGUAUAAGUUGGCGUUGCGUACACGCAUGAGUGGACGUCGGACGUGUAGACAUUUCGUGUUAAUUUCCUGUGUGCGAGUGUUGUUUUGAUAUGAAUAUGAGAAAAAGUGGUAGAACUUUGUAGUAAUGUGUAUCAAUUUAUGAUGCUACUUUCGAUACUAUUUUUCUUUCUGAAAUAAGAAUCAGCAGUGUGUAAAAUGAAAGCUAAUAAUUCAUAACCAUGAAUCCUGAGCACAGAAAAAUUUUAGAGAAAAAUAGAAGUUAUCUUGAACAUAAUGUUGAUAAAUUUCGCCUAAGAGAAUCACUGAUUGAAUCUAAAUUAUUUACAUCUUCUAUGCUAAAAGAUGUAUAUGAAGGGGACGCUAAAUUGUUUGAAGAGCUUCCAACUCGUGGACCCAAAGCUUUCUAUAAGUUCCUCUCAGUUCUUAGAGAUGCUGGUUAUAAUCACGUAGCAGUAAAUUUGGAAAAGGGCGCAUUGAAUAAUUAUGUAAUACGAUUAAAUCAUAAAGAUGAUACUUAUCAUAUGAGUCACGAUACAGCUGGUUGUUGUUUGAUUAUUAAUAAUAUGCAGUUUGAUUCUUUUAAAGAUCGCACUGGAUCAGAUAAAGAUGAAAAAGGAUUUGAAUUUUUUUUCCAAAAAGUUGGUUAUAAAGUGAUUUGCCGUCAGAAUAAAACAGCGGAAGAAAUGUUUUCUAUAUUACAGGAAUUCUCGGAAUCUGAUUUUAAAAAUCAAAAUUCAUGUAUUGUUAUUAUCUUGAGCCAUGGAGGUAAUGACAAAAAUUUAGAUGCUAUCUAUGGCAAAGAUGGAAAUUAUAUUUUAUUAAAUGAAAUUUUGGCUAUGUUUAAUAAAAGUGAAGAUUUGGUUGGGAAACCCAAAGUAUUCUUUAUCCAGGCUUGCCGAGAUGAAAUUUCAGUUGGGAAGAAAAUCACUGAGACUAGUUUAUAUAAUGAAUCAGCGUUUACUGAUAUAUUGCUUCUUCAGUCAACACUUCCAUAUCACGAAUCAUAUCGACAUACUGAAAAAGGUGCAUAUUUCUGCCAAUGUCUCAUUCAAGUAUUAAAUGAUCAUUAUUGUAAAUAUGAUCUUUUAACAAUGACACAUUUUGUUGAAGAUAAAAUGCAGAUUGAGUGUCCAGAACCUCAAGUAACUACUGUUACAAAUUAUUUUUUUAAAAAGAAAUUGUGUUUUAAGUAAUUUGUAUAUUUUAUACAUAUCUUUCAAUAUUAACAAAUUCAAGAUAUCAAAUUAUCAUCUGUUUUGCUCUUAAGUAUGCUGUAAAUAUAUGAAAUUAAUGUAAACUCUAACCUAUCAAAUAAACUAUAAUAUACAUUUUAUGCUUGA